AUGAUACGACAAAACAAGAAAGAACUACAUACCUGUGGUCCUCGCGACCGAGGCGACGUCAGGAAAUGUCUCAAGAAAGUAUCUAAACAAGAAUUAUUUAAAUCGAAAGCAGAAAGUGUGAAAACAGAUCUCGUAUCACGUUCCACGAACACGUUUGCGGAGUCUCUGCCUAUUAGUUUCGAGAAUCAAACGAUAAGCGCCGAUGUGAAUGUGAAACCUUUGGAUUUUCGAAAGAGAAUUAAGGACAGAUACACGUUUAAGCGGCAUCAGGUGUUGAAGAAAGAAGAUACGAGUCAAUUCAGUGAUCCGCCGAAGCAUUUUGAUGUUGAAAAACAAAAAUCAAAAGAUUUUCGAGAUGCCAAAAAGUCGGAUAAAGCUUCAGUGCACAGAGCCGUCAGCCCUAUAAAAUUUAAAAGCUCGUCUAAACCCGACGAUUUGGCGGAGCGCAAAAACACGCCAGAAACAGAGAAAAAUAUUACUAGAAAGACCAAACCCGAGAUAAAAACUAUUGCGUCGAUGGACGCGCGCGUAUACAAAGCGGUUAACUUCGUCGAGCAAAACGCUCGAAAACCGUACGUAAAAAUACCUAAGGACCCAAAGUCAAAACCUAAAAAUAUUUCUGUAAAACGCAGUAAAACGAGUCAAAACACAAAGCGGCGUAGAAGAGCAGUGCCGCAGCCUUCGCCGUCUUUUAAAAGCGCGGUUUCCAUGCCCACCGAGAUAGCGAAAUGGGUACCUGAAUCCGUCGACCAACAUACAAAGCCUUAUUACGACGCUUGGGUAAGUAAGACCGCCACGGCCUCAACCAAAUUGGAAGCUAGUCUAGAAAAAUCCAAGCUGCUUAAACGGCUGGAGUUGGCGGUGAAGAAAUCGCCUGAGCUUAUGUAUAAAAAGUAUGCUGAGGAAAGGUAUGCGGGGAGGAUACGGGUGAGGAGGCGGGGGGAAAAGUGA